GUCACCUUGAGUGGACAGUGGGAAGAUCAAUUUGAGAAGUGGAGCAUCAAACAAAUGUUAUAUUUAUUCACACCAAAGUGAUAAAAGAAACACCAUGAUAAGCUCUGCAUCUUCUGGAGGUGGACAAGAAAAUGUGCUCUUCAAUGCCAGUGUCCCAAUUGAGGUGAAAACUCUUGUAAAAGCCUCACAAGGAAUGGACAAGCUGACCUUCAGAAGAAUGAUUAAAUUGGGGCUGGGCUAUCUGCAGGGAAGUUUAGAACAACCAGAGUGUGAAGCAGCAAUUGAGCAACUUUGUAAUUCUUCCCAAGGUGUUACAGAGGAUACAGUGUUGAAUACUUGUGCUCAGUAUGCUGGCGUUGUGUCAUUGCUAAGGGCAGCAAUGAGGGUUAACACUGUUACUACUCGUCAAGAUGUUUUCUCUGCUGAUCUAACAAAUAUUGGUUGGCUUUCCCGUGUGCUGGAGCCAGUGGUGAUAAUAAGGAUGGAGACAAGUGAGGGAGCCUCGCAUACCUUCCAUGUGCCACUUUCCACAUUCCACCAACUAAGAUACACUGUUGCCAGUCUUUUACACCAAAUGGAAUCACUUGAAGUAUCUCCUGUAUGUAAAAAAUUAUAGAUCACAUUUGCAUUGUCGACUUUUAAUGGCAUGGUAAUAUGUGAUGGUUUAAUAUAGAACACACAUGAUUGUACUUUUAUCCAAGUUUAGAAUGGCUUCAUUACUUCUGUUAAAAAAUAAUAAGAGAGCCAUAGCAUUUUUGAAAUCUAUGUUUAUAUUGAAGAUAUACUACACAGUAAUAUAUAGGACAUAGAACUUGCAUUGUUGAUGAUUCAUAAGGGUAUUUUAAUAAAUAAGUAAACAAACCCAUUACUGGUGCAGGCACUGUAAUCUGUGCUCAGUACUGUACUGUAAUUAUUUUGAUUUAUAAAGUUUUGAGUUUGGAUAUGA